GUACAAUUGACCCGCAAUCCCAAAAAGCCUUACGAAGGCUUUUGCAUUGAUCUCAUGGAGAUGAUCAGCAAAGAGCUGAAUUUUACAUAUGCUAUAUACGAGGUGGAGGAUGGCUUACCUGGCGUGCCCGAUUACGAUGGUAACUGGAACGGUCUCAUCGGCGCUUUGGUAUCGGGAUCCGCCGACAUUGCCUUGACAUCUCUGAGUGUAACAGCUGAACGUGAAACCGCUGUUGACUUCACAAUACCCUACUACAAGACCGUUGGUGGUGCAAUUCUGAUGAGGAAGCCAAUUAUGCAAUACUCGCCCUUCAGAUUCAUACAGGUUUUGGAAUGGCCCGUAUGGCUUUGCAUAGCAGCUGCAUACCUA